AUGUCCAUGAGGUCGCAAAGAGUACCAGAAGAAUAUGUGCGGUGGACGAAGCUGCUUUAUGCGAAGCUUACCAACGUUGUACGGCAUGCUGUUGGAACAAGCAGGCCAUUUCCUGUAGAAGUAGGGGUUCAUCAGGGUUCAUCAUUCUCAUCCCUGCUGUUCAUACUUUUCAUGGACACGAUCAGAGUCUCGAGUAAUCUUCAAAAACAAGUACAAUCUUGGAAAGAGCGGCUGCAGCAACAUGGAUUGCGCCUCAGUGUAUCAAAAAGUGAGUACAUGGAGUGCGAACCAAGGAUAGAAAAUGGUUCAAUUCGUGUCGAUGGCACUGAAUUAAACAAGGUGGAGUGUUUCAAGUACCUUGGAUCCAAAGUGACUUCAAAAGCAGGUCGAGCACGUGUUAAUGCGGCAUGGAUGAGAUGGAAAAUGGCAACAGGUGUACUGUGCGACAAGAGAGUCCCUGUUCGAAUUGAAUUCGAAGAUCUACAGGACGGUUGUCUUUGUGUCCUGUUGCUCUUUACGGAUGUGAGUGCUGGCCGACGACGAAAGCAGUUGCAAACAAACCACUUGGAAACAGUGUUGCACGCUAUGGAGAUGCGGAUGUUGAGGUGGAUGAUAGGUGUAACGCUAAAAGACAAAGUAUCCAAUGACACUGCACGCUCCAUCUUCGGUGUCGCCCCGAUAACCAACAAGAUGAAGGAGGCGCGACUGAGAUGGUUUGGUCACGUCUUGCGGCGACAGGAAAAUUCUGUUGCCACAACCGCUCUGAAGCUCGAUGUUUCAGGCGUAGGGCCGCGCAGCAGACCAAGGAUUCGCUGGUUGGACCGUGUGAAGCUGGAUGUGUUAGAUGCGCGUUUAUGUACCGUUGAUGCACUGAAUUGA